AGAAACGUGCAUGCAGAUGAGCUCCUGAGUUCUAUAUUAAAAUAGUGCAAAAUUAGCUUUAAAUCCUGAGUUUCAUCAUUUAAUUUAAUUACUAAGUUGUUUACUACUUAGAUUCCACUUGACCAUGGAAUGAAGCACUGUUGGUCAACUUUGGUUAAUGUCCGCAUGCCUGGACUGGACGGCUCAGCCUCGCAGGAGGUGGGACUAGGUGACGGAAGCGCCGCAUUGGCUGAUGAUGGCGAGGACCCCUUGGGCUUGAGCACUGACAGCCUAUCACGACUCAGAAGCCCUUCUGUGAUGGAAGUCAGAGAAAAGGGAUACGAGACACUGAGGGAGGAGCUGACCAAAGCCCAGCGGGAGCUUCAGUUAAAAGACGAGGAGUGUGAGAGACUUUCUAAAGUCAGGGACCAGCUGGGGCAGGAGCUGGAGGAACUCACUGCUAGCCUGUUUGAGGUUUGUUUUCAUUCGUUUGAGAGAGAGAGAGAGGCCAACACAGAGAAGCAGCUGAAGGAAGCACUGGGGAAGAUGGAUGUCCUCCAGGCCGAGGUGUCUGCACUGAAGACUCUCGUUCUGUCCACGUCUCCUACAUCACCGUGUAAGGAGCUGCCGUCAGGCUCCAAGGUUCCAUUUAAGAAAGGUCACGUGUGCAAUAAGAGCACCAGUAGCGCUAUGCUGGGCAGCCAGCAGGAGCUCAGCGUUCCCCUGCCCAUCAUACGUGACUGCAAGGAGGCAAGAAUCCUGUACAAUUUCUAUCCACUCUACACUCAUCAUACCCUGUGUGACUGCAGGAUUGUGGUCACAUGACCAUCAUCUUCACAUGUCCCAGUCCACAUUUAUUCCCUCUGUGUUAAGCUCCACUCUUCUGCGAA